AUGACCUCUAUAUCUUUUGGCGACCAGAAUCAGGGGUUACAAGUGGGUGCCAAUCACGGGCCCAUAUACUAUACGUCUGAGCAACGGGAACCCCGCCCAGAGCCACUGUCGACCGUGCCAUUCCUGCAUGAUCCAGAUUUUGUCAGCCGCGAUGAAAUCCUCGAUCAAAUCCACGAAAAAUCCUCGAUCCCGGGGUCUAGAAUAGUUCUCGUCGGCCUAGGGGGUUGGGUGAGAAAAUCUCGACUCGCCAUCGAAUACUGCCAUCGAGUCCGGCAGCAAUCGUCUGACACUUGGGUUUUCUGGGUUCACGCAAGUAAUGCCGCGCGCUGCGAGGAAAGUCUCCGCAACAUUGCCGACCGUGCUAAGAUUCCCGGGCGCCAGGAUCGCAACUCAAAUAUUUUCCAACUCUUCGGAAACUGGUUGCAAGAUGGGAAGAUCGGAAAAUGGAUUCUUGUCCUUGAUAAUGUCGAUGAUGAUGAGCUCCUUCGCAAACCAUUAGCUACUCCGAUAGAGGCCCAAGCAAACACCCCGAGGCAUGUCCCAACGCAGCCACCGCUAAGGUACCUUUUUGAAAGCUCGAAUGGUUCCAUCAUCAUCACAAGCCGGAAUAGAGGGGUAGCUUUAGAGCUCGCCAGCCAUAAGAAACAUCUGAUCGAUAUACAACCUAUGAAUACAGCUGAGGCGCUAGUUCUGAUGCGGAAGAAGCUAGAUGAUUGCGCAGAGAGAGAGGAAUUGGUUCGGCUAGUCGAGGAACUCGAGUUCAUGCCACUAGCGAUUGUGCAAGCGGCUAGCUACAUCACCCACCGUGCACCCCGAUGCUCGGCAUUGCAAUACCUAGAAAAGCUUCGCCAGGGUGAUCGGCAAGCCACAAAACUUCUUAAUUACGAGGGAAAACACAUCCAUCGAGACUGGCAGGCAAAGAGCUCUAUCCUUCGGACUUGGCAAAUUUCGUUCGACCAUAUUCGACGCAUCAGGCAGUCUGCCGCUGAUUUGUUGUCUCUUAUGGGCUUUUUCGACUGGCAGGGGAUCCCAGAGUGUCUUCUACGGGGGCAAGACAUAGACAAAAACCAUGAACCUUUGGGUUUUCCGCAAGACGUUGGAAACAGUUCAAGUGAUGAGGAUAUAGAUUACUCGUCUGAACCCGACGUAGAUGACGAUUUUGAGAGCGAUAUUGCGAUUCUCAGAGACUAUUCCUUUAUUGCUUCAGGUGAAGAUAGCACGGUGUUCACGAUGCAUCGGCUUGUGCAGCUAACAGUACGCACAUGGUUGAAAACCUGUGGCCAGGAGGAGAAGUGGAAAGAACGUUUCAUUAAGAAUCUAUAUGAUGAAUUCCCGACUGGUCAGUAUGAAAACUGGGAGAGAUGCCGGUCACUGUUUCCCCAUGUUAGGUCAGCCUUGUUACAUCAACCGAAAUCGCAAGACUCACUUAAGAACUGGGCUACGCUACUCUAUAAAGGAGCAUGGUAUGCGAUAGAAUGUGGCAGAAUUUCGGUUGCAGAGGAUAUGGCAGCUAUUUCAAGGAAGCAAAGAAUGAAGAUUGGCGGCGCCGAAGAUGAUGACACCCUUGAUAGCACUGCGAUGUUAGGAGUAGCCUACGAACUAGAUGGGCGGUUGGAGGAGGCGGAGCAGCUCGAGCUGCAGGUCAUGGAGACUCGCAAGACAAAACUCGGUGUGGACCAUCCCGACACACUGACAAGCAUGGCUAACCUGGCGUCGACAUUAUGGAACCAGGGCCGAUGGAAGGAGGCGGAGCAGCUCGAGCUACAGGUUAUGGAGACAAGCAAGACGAAACUCAGCGCGGACCAUCCCUCCACGCUGACGAGCAUGGCCAACCUAGCGUCGACAUUAUGGAACCAGGGCCGAUGGGAGGAGGCGGAGCAGCUCGAGCUGCAGGUCAUGGAGACUCGCAAGAAGGAACUCGGUGCGGACCAUCCCGACACACUGACAAGCAUGGCUAACCUGGCGUCGACAUUAUGGAACCAGGGCCGAUGGAAGGAGGCGGAGCAGCUCGAGCUACAGGUUAUGGAGACAAGCAAGACGAAACUCGGCGCGGACCAUCCCUCCACGCUGACGAGCAUGGCCAACCUGGCGUCGACGUGGGAAUCUAUAGGCCAGCAUGCUGAAGCAAUUGAUUUGCUUCGAACCUGCGUGGUCAAGCAACAACGAAUUUUAGGCCCAUCUCAUCCUCAUACUGUGUCAAAUGCCAAUACGCUCCUAGAAUGGGAAACUGCGCAUCUUACUAUGAAGGCAUGA